AUGCCCAACGCCUCUUCCUGGACUGCUAGCUCGCCUCUGCUGCUGCUCUGGGAGGAUUCCUCUGGGACCCGCAUCUUCCUGUCACUGCUCUAUGCAGUCUUAGCUAUCUCAGGGACUUUGUCCAAUGUGAUGGUCAUCUAUUUAGUCUUUUCCUUCAAGAAGCUGCAGACAACCAGUAAUGCCUUCAUUGUGAAUGGCUGUGCAGCAGACCUAAGCGUGUGUGCCCUGUGGAUGCCCCAGGAGGCUGUGCUGGGGCUGCUGCCUCCCAACUCCUCCUCCCUUCGCUCGGUGGAGUACCGGCUGCUCCGAGGGGGGCUCCUCGGCCUCGGCCUCACGGUCUCCCUGGCCUCUCACCUGCUGGUGGCCUUCAACAGGUACGUGCUCAUCACCAAGCUGCCCAGCGUGUACCAGGCCCUCUACCAGCGGAGGCACACGAGCUGCAUGAUCGGGCUCUCCUGGGCCCUCGCCCUGCUCCUGGUUCUGCUGCUGCCCGGGCUCUGGAUCCCGGGCUCUGUCCAGCAGCUGCCCCCGCGGCAGACGAACGGCAGCUCUCGCUACACCGCCCUGCUCCUCGCCCUGGCCGUGCUGGGCCAGACCGCGCUGCUGCUCCACUGCUACCUCGGCAUCGUGCGUCGGGUGCGGGGCAGCGCCAAGCGGGUGAGCGUCCUCAACUUCCACCUCCUCCACCAGCUGCCCUUCCCCGCCGCCCCGCCGCCGCCCCGUCGCGCCCAGCGCCGCCUCAGCAGCGUCUCCGUCCUGCUGCUCUGCUGCGUCUUCCUCCUGGGCACCCAGCCCCUGGUGUGGGUGAGCCUCCUGGGCUUCUUUCUGCGGCCGGCGCCGCCGGCGCUGCAGGCCGCCAGCUGGCUGCUGCUCUGCUCCCUCUCGGCCCUCAACCCCCUGCUCUACACGUGGCGCAGCGAGGAGUUCCGCCGGGCGGCCCGCUCCGUCCUGCCCCGCGGCGAGGGCCCCGCCGCCGCUCCGCGCCCCGCCGCUGCCGCCGGCCCCGCCGCCGCCCCGCCCUGCCCGCAGCUGCCGCGGCGGCGGGGGACGGCGGCCAGCCUCAGCGCCGCCGCUGCGCCGCGCUGAGGGGCCGCGGCUGCGGGAGGGGGACGGCGAGGACCCCCGGGCAGUCUGUGGCCCCCCGCCCCGCUGGGCAGGAACAGCCCCGUCCUCCCUGGCCGCUUCCCGCCCCUCCCGCCGGCAGACACCUCACGUCGGGGAGCCGAGCCGCCUGCCGCGCCCCGCCGUGAGGCCCAGUCCCCUUGCUGCUGCCACCCCGGCCCCCUGCCCGGUAGCGCUGCUCUGUAAAACCUUCUCCUGCUGCUCCUUUUUGACCCCACGCACCUCUUUCCCGCUCCCUCUUUUCACUGCCGAAGGUUCCGGCUGCUUUUCUGGGGCAGCGGGACGGGCGCUAGGGUGGGGGUCCCUUGCCCGCCCUCCCGCGGCACUGCCCUCGCCACCCCCUCAACUCCGUUCCCACUCACGGCAGCUGCCCGCCCCCCGGUGCGCGCCAGGACUCCAGCCAAAAGCGGUGGAUUUGGACAUCUGGAGUAACUGAAAUUCUAUCAUACCGUGCCAUGCUGAGAGAGACCGUGGGAAUGCCUUAAACUUGCAGCACCACCAGAUCAGCUGUGCUGUUGAGCUAUGAUGUACGUGCAUUUAGGACUAUCCUGAGUACAUGCAAGCUUUUACUAUAGCACAUCAGAAAUAUGAGAUAUGCCACAGUGAAAACAACAAGACACAUCCUUAAUUCAGGUCAAAUAUUAAGCUCACAGCCUAAAUACAGGCAAUUCUGAUGUUACAAAUAUCACAGCAUAGAUGAAAUGAGGAAGAUUACUUUUCUUAUCUGAAGAAUAGCAAGCACUGUGCUUUGGUAAGUGAGAAUUUCUCUCAUUUCCAGUCAAAUGUUCACAUUUCCUUGAAUUAAGUAGGUUUUGAUUUCAGAUAAUGAUACUGUCUGA